AUGGCCACGAACCAGACUAGGCGAACCAUCCGCUUGACCGUCAUUGCGGCGGAUGGUCUCUAUAAGCGUGAUGUGUUCCGUCUUCCUGACCCAUUUGCCGUGGUGACAGUGGACGGCGACCAGACUCACACGACGACAGUGAUGAAGAAGACCCUGAAUCCUUAUUGGAACGAAAGCUUUGAAGUUGCCGUCACGAACAAGAGUGUUCUUGCGGUUCAAAUUUUCGACCAGAAAAAGUUCAAGAAAAAGGACCAGGGCUUCCUAGGCACUGUCAACAUCCAGAUGGGCGACGUAUUCGAUGUGAACAUCGGUGGUGAUGAAAUGUUGACUACGGAACUCAAAAAGUCUGGAUCAAACGACGUUGUUGUGCAAGGAAAGCUUAUCAUCAAUAUCUCGUCUAACACUGGAAACCAGAGUGCAGCCAACGGUCGUCUCCAGGCCCCAUCGACAUCCACAUCCCACAAUCGAUCACCCUCCGUCAUCUCAGCUGUCUCAUCCAACGCAGGAUCAUCCUCCAACCAGCGCAACAGUGGUCCAGUCCCCUCCAGCCCAGGUAGCACAAAUGCCAUUGUAGGGACUACCUCCACAGCUCCUGCCACGAGUGCUACCACUACUGCCAAUGGAGGACGACAGCUCUCAGCCUAUGAGGAUCAGCACGGUCCUUUGCCACCAAACUGGGAGCGUCGUGUCGAUCAAUUGGGUCGCACUUAUUAUGUGGAUCACAACAAUCGUACGACAACUUGGACCAGACCCAGUAUGACGGCAUCAACACCAGACAGGACUCAAGAGAUUUCGACUCAAACAGAGUUGGAAAGACAGCGACAUAACAAUCGCGCACUGCCCGGCGAGCGAUCUGGCGGAAAUUCUCCAAUGCCUGGAUCUAGCACCAACCUUUCAGAGUCUAACUCGCCUGCUGUCGCCAUCGCAGCUAGUCCCACGACAACGUCCUCCAAUGCAGCUGGCUUGGCGCCCAUCAGCUUGAACUCGACCACGGCAGGAUCUGGACCACUGCCUGCUGGUUGGGAGCAGAGAUUGACGCCAGAAGGACGGCCAUACUAUGUGGACCACAAUACCCGCUCGACCACCUGGGUUGACCCUCGUCGUCAGCAGUACGUUCGUAUGAGCGAUCCUCGUAGUUCGACCAACCAAGUCGCAGUUCACCAGCAACCCGUGUCUCAACUGGGACCCCUGCCAUCGGGAUGGGAGAUGCGUCUCACCAACACAGCGCGCGUGUACUUUGUGGACCAUAACACCAAGACGACAACAUGGGAUGACCCUCGCCUGCCCAGUAGUUUGGACCAGAGUGUACCACAGUACAAGCGCGAUUUCCGCCGCAAGCUUAUUUACUUCAGAUCACAACCUGCACUGCGUCCAGUCCCUGGCCAGUGCCACAUCAAGGUCCGCCGAUCGCAUAUCUUUGAGGAUUCAUAUCAUGAGAUUAUGCGUCAGUCACCGACGGAUUUGAAGAAGAGGCUCAUGAUCAAGUUUGAAGGCGAAGAUGGUCUUGAUUAUGGUGGUCUCUCAAGAGAAUUCUUCUUCCUGCUAUCCCACGAGAUGUUCAACCCGUUCUAUUGUCUUUUCGAGUACUCUGCGCACGACAACUAUACCCUCCAAAUCAAUCCUCACUCGAGUAUCAACUCUGAGCACUUGAACUACUUCAAGUUUAUUGGUCGCGUCGUUGGUCUUGCAAUCUUCCACCGCCGCCUCUUGGAUGCCUUCUUUAUCGUCUCCUUUUACAAGAUGAUUUUAAAGAAGAAGGUGACGCUUGCGGAUCUGGAAUCUGUGGACGCAGAUGUGUACCGGAACCUGAACUGGCUUUUGGACGACGAGACCGGCGCAGAAACACUGGACACGACCUUCUCAACCAACGACGAGCGUUUCGGAGAAAUUGUGACGAUAGAUCUGAAAGAGAAUGGUCGCGACAUCACAGUGACGGAAGAGAACAAGAAGGAGUACGUCGAGCUGAUGACAGAGUGGAGGAUCACGCGACGCGUGGAGGAGCAGUUCAAGGCCUUUGCGGAGGGUUUCCACCAGCUUAUUCCUCAGGAGCUCGUCACGGUCUUUGAUGAGCGCGAACUGGAGCUGUUGAUGGGAGGCAUCUCGGAGAUUGACUGCGAUGACUGGAAGAAGCACACGGACUACCGUGGAUACACAGAACAGGAUGAAGUUGUCCAAUGGUUCUGGAAGUGCGUACGUUCCUGGGACUCUGAAAAGAAGGCGCGUCUGCUGCAGUUCACCACAGGUACAUCUCGUAUUCCUGUCAACGGAUUCAAGGAUUUGCAGGGAUCAGAUGGACCACGUCGGUUCACGAUCGAAAAGGCUGGAGAAAUCGGACAGCUGCCCAAGUCUCACACAUGCUUUAAUCGUAUCGAUCUCCCACCGUACAAGUCGUAUGAUGUGUUGGUCAAUAAGUUGACGCUGGCUGUCGAGGAGACGGUUGGUUUCGGUCAGGAGUAA